CCGAACUGAAGCAUAAUGACCGGCUGCGGGCCACGGUUGGCUGCUACUUUGACGCAGUUGAGGAACUCGCAGCCCGUGUUCUUCCCGCCGACUGGGACCCGCACGAAAAAUCUACGUCUCUUUACGCAGCUCGCGAGAGGAAAAAGCCACUGGCUUGGGAGGCUCUGGAACCUCUGGAUAAGAAAACGGGGAAAGCGUUUACAGACGUGUUUGACCGUAUCGUUGGUCUCGGCACCGUCACGCACAUGAUCACGCAUUCGCUCACGGACAUUUGCUACUUGCUGUUUUACAAUUAUCACUACAACCUGGCGACCCACCCAGUUGCACGCAAGAUCUUCGCGACAUACCGGAAAGACGCAAUGAAGUGUGGUUACAGUCGGCACGAAACUUUCGCUGAGAACUGGAGAGAUCCGGUAUGGGAAACUUUUCACACGAACGAGAUGAAAGACAUGCAAGAUUGGUGCUCGAGGCUUUUUCAGUUGAUGUAUUUUUGGAAACCACUGUUGGAGAAAGAGACGAUGGGAGACGACGGUGCUACACAGCACUGGCUUUGGUAUUUCGAAGGGUUCGUGCUGGUCGGACACGACAAAAAGGCACCACCUAGCACACCUAUAAUAGGUUGUAAUACCACGACUGGUCAUGGUUCCUCUGUACCGCAGACUGGGCAAAAAGGACAAAAGGGCCGCUCUGGGACAGCCGACAAUUUAGAGGAUGUACGACUUUCAUCGUCGUCUUCUGGGGAACCAUUAGGUGUCGGGGAAGUUUCAGAUGAAUCUACGUGCGCCUUUGGCACAUCCUCGGAUAUCCCUGCAGGUGCUGCAACCUACCACGCCAUAUUUUCGGCAAAACAUCGCAGUGAGGUUGAUCACCUUGUCCGCGCCGAUGCGGAGAUGGUGGAAAGGAAUCGCCAGAAGCGUAAAUUGUUGGGGUUGCCGGACGUUGAGUCCGUGACGAAAGAUCCAAGAGUCGCCGCUAUGUUGGACAAAGAUCCGCUCUUAUUUCC